GGGCUUCUGUCCUGCCACAGAAGGGGCCCUGGGUCAUCACAGGGUGACCAUCCUCACGACCUGAGGUCAGUGCCCUGCCGCAACCACCCCUCUUCCCAGUCACUCUCUUACCCAACUGUGGCUUACCCAACAUGCCGCUCGCUCAUGCCCAUGGGCCCGUCCUCGGUGGAUUGGGGCCUGCGGUCAUCCUUUCACUUUUGUCCCUCCUUCACCCACAUGUGGCUCAGCGGUAAAGAAUUCACCUGCAAUGCGGGAAAUGGGGUUCAAUCCGCGGGUUGGGAAGAUCCCCUGGAGAAGGAAAUGGCAACCCACUCCAGUUUUCUUGCCUGGAGAAUUCCAUGGACAGAGGAGCCUGGUGAGCUACAGUCCAGAGGGUCAUAGAGUCAGACAGAACUUAGUGAAUAAACCACUGCCCCCCACCCCCACAUCAGGUCAUGUGAGAAGCCAAGGCCAGUCUCUCCAGGGCACUCUCUCCGUCCUUCAACAGUCCUGAGUACCAUGACCUCCCAGCAGCCCGACUCUGGCCUUAUUUACACUCACAGGUAGAAUCCUGUCUCCUGUCCCUCGCAUCCCCACCCCCUUCCCCGGAGAACUGGGUCUCAGAAGCCCCGACAGUCUUGCCUCCUGACCUCCCUGCUGGAGACACUGGCGCUCCUAGGGAGGAGCUUCUCUGCGUCUUGCAGCCCAGAAGCUGCUGGGCAGGCGGUGGGGGAAGGACUGAGAAGAUGUGAGUUAGAGCCCUGGAGAAGAGGAGUUGACUUUUAGUCUCCCACAUCUAAAUUGGAAAUGUAUGGUUUUUACACACACACAACACACUCACCCCUUGAGAUUGCAGCCAUGCUCCUGACUCAUCUUCCAAACUUUAUUUCAUCUCUUGGCCUCCCUGGCUCUGUCUCCAGGACCCCAUCCUCCUGAUCCCAGACACUCAGGUCUGGUCCUUCACACCUGCUCCGUGGAUCACCAGCCCUGGUCUGUCCACCCCUUGAAGCCACAUGUGUGACCCUGACUUCUGUAGCUCUUGUUGCUCCAGCCAGUGCUGGGUGUACCCACUCUUCCCUGGAAAGCACCCUCUCCUCUCCGUAGGGCCAGUGUUCUAGCUUGUGCUCCAAGCGUGUCUGAGAGGUUCCCGUGGAGGCCAGGAAAUGUAGCUCCCGUGAUGGGGCUCAUGUGGGGCCAGACACAGCCAAACUGAGCUGGGGAGCUCCGAAAGGGGCAGCUUCCAAAAGAGAGGGCUCUUCAGGGCUUCUUGGGAUCCAGGCAAGGGGAAACUAGACUUCCUGGUGAGCUUAGAUCUGUAACUCUGGCCAAGGAGCUGGGGUGACAGAAGUGAGGAUUCAUGGGGGUGAGGGGUGGGUGUUGGGUUGGUUGGAGGGAGUGGGGAGCCUGAGAAAGGCCAGGAUGUGGAUGGGCUGGUGUGAGUCUGAAAUGGUCCACUUGAUCCAACUUCGGGUCCCCAGUGCCUAGGACAGUUGUCCCCUUGAAUAUAGCGUGACUGAAGGAAGAAGCAGGAGGCCUUUUCUGUUCACAUAGAAGAGCAGAGUCUUGGGAUGGAGAGACUUUCAUCAGUUCAUGGCCCUGUGCACCCCUUGGAGGGGGAGGCUGAGGAUGGUUGAAGGCUGACACCACCUGCAGAGCAGGGGGCCUGGGGGUAAGUGAGAAGGCUCACGGCCGCAGUGAGCUCCAGCUCAGCAGAAGGCACGGUGUGCAGGGACCUUCGGGACUGGGUCUAGACUGCUGUGGAGCACAUGUGUCUUGCUGGUGGCCAGAGCCUAUUCUAGAUCCCCUGCUUAAAUAAAACUGAAAGUAAGAUAGGAGGAGGGGGGCAGUGCUUUCCCAGAAGGAUUUCACUGUCUAUCCUGCCCUUCCCAGAACAGCUCUGGCAGCAGAAUUUUCCCUCCUUUGUGACUAGAGAGGAAGUUGUCACAGAUAUAUAGAGCAAGGCACGGCAGCUCCUGACACAGUUCAUCAUGACCAUGAGACAGAACUGGAUUCCAGACCCCAGCCCUCUUUGGGCCCUGCUCCUCUGUGCCCACAUCUUCUCCCACCUGGCCAGAGCCACACCUGUGCCUCAGGACACCACAGCUGCCUCACCUGGGAUGGCAAAGGCCCCCUGCUCCUCGCGGCCGCUAGCGCUCCCAGCAGCUAAACAGUGCCCAGCGCUGACAGUGACCUGGCCAGCAGUGAAAGUCUCACUGAAUGGAACGCUGACCUUGUCCUGUACCGCCUGCAGCCGCUUUCCCCACUUCAGCAUCCUCUACUGGCUGGGCAACGGCUCCUUCAUCGAGCACCUCCCAGGCCGGCUGCGGGAGGGCAGCACCAGGCGGGAGUACAGGGGCAAGUGGACCCAGCUGUGGAGGCCCUUGGUGCUGGAGGAGCUGAGCCCUGCCCUGCGAGAUACCAACUUCUCCUGUGUUUUCAUGGAUCCUGGGCAGACUGUCCAGCGUCACCUUGUCCUGGCCCAGCUCUGGGCUGGGCCGAAGACAAGUGUGCCCCUGCCACAGGAAGCCCCACCCUCCAGCCAGUCCCCUCUGCUGCACCAUCCCGAUGGUGAACCCGAGCUCCACCGCCACCUGGUUGAAACACCACCUCUUUACUGAAGUCCAAGCCACAGUCUGCAUUGAUUUAAUAUAUUUGUUUCCUCUGUGGGCUCCUGGGAUGCAGGCAGAGGCUGCUUCUGACCCACCGCUGUAUCUGUCACCCCAGCAAGGCCCAUGGGGGGGCAUUCAUAAACCAUCUUCAACAGCA